ACAAUUUCCUAAAUUGUUAUUACUCAGAUUUGACACUUUAUACAUUCUAGAAUAGUAUCUGCUCACAUUACAUGAUUAGAUGCAAAAUUCGAUGUUACUUGACCUUCCUCCCAUAAAAUAUGAGCACAUAGGGUGAUCAUCACCUUAUGUUACCAUAGUGAGGGAACCAUUUUCAAUGUCUAGUAAUCAUGGCACCCAUUGGACCAGUCAUACUGUGAGUCAUAUAGGAGUGAGCUUCUGAAGCAAGCCUCCCCCCCCCCCCCCCCCCCUCCUCUAGAAAUUUUAAGACUGAUACUUUCUUUGUGUUUCCUCAAAUCUGAUGUAAAGGAAUUAGUUUUAUAGUCAUACUUGAAAAUUUAACUGUAAUCUUGCUUGUCCAUUUAUAACUUUCUAUUAUACUGAAGUCUGCUAUGACAUGCUUUUGGCAUAUGCAUGAGUUCCUCCAUUGGAAAUUAGAUGCAUAUGCUGUUUCUGGUGGCUGUAAAAUUGAAAUCCCCCACUUCCCUUUGCUCAUCCUGUCUGUUGGGGAGGAAGGGAGCAUUUCAUUUUACAUUGGAACUGCAGAAUUUAUAGUAGGCCAGAGGCAGUGGUGGCUGUAUGUAUUUUCAUUUCCCUUUCCUGUUCAUUUUUUUGGUGCUUUAAUGCUCUGUCUCUGGGUUGCUUCCCGUUGCCCAAUUCCUAAGCAUUCAAGGAGGAGAUCUUCUGAGUCUAGCUCCUCAAGUUCGUCUUCAGAUUCUUCUAGUAGUGAUGAAGAGGAUAGAGAAUCAAGAAGAUCUAAAUCCAGGUCUAAGAGAACUAAGAAGGAAAAGAAGCACAGGUCAAGAUCCAAGCACUGUAGCAGUGACGAUGACGAGGCUGAUGGCCCCGUGCCACUUUCAAGAUUCUUUGAGAGUGUAAAGAGCUAACAUGUUGAGGAUAUUAUUCUGUACCUAUAAAAAUUCUCUUGCUACUAUAGGAGAUGAAUUCGUUCUUUCUUAAUUAGCUCUUAGCAAAUAUGGAUUGCAUUGUUUCUUCCCUUUCUCAACUGUGAGCUCUUUGAGAUAAUAUUUGGUUUGCCAUUUCUUUUUCUAAAGUUCAAUUUUAUGUUCUAGUCUGGUAGAAUGUAUCCUAUCGUGUGUAAUGAACUGUAUUAUACGAGUUCAUGUAAGAAUUUUAUAGAACUUUGAGCAGGAAAAUUGAAGUCAUUACUCAUGCAA